UGCGGGGGAGCGGGGAGAGGCCUCUAGGGCCGCGGCCGCCCGAGCGUGAUCUCCGCUGGUGGGUCAGGUCCCGGGGUGCUUCCCCUCCCUGUUCCUCAGAGCCGUGGGUCCUCGGCCUCUCCCCCAGGCACGGACUCUGGUGGUCGCGGUGGAGGAGGACGUUUGCACAGCUCCCCGGCGGGCCGCUGCUGUGCCCGGACCGGGGACCGCCGCCUCCCCGGAACGCGUGGGGCCGGUAUGGAGCUCUUCCAAGCCAAGGACCACUACAUCCUGCAGCAGGGCGAGCGCGCACUGUGGUGCAGCCGGCGCGACGGCGGCCUGCAGCUCCGACCGGCCACUGAUCUGCUUCUUGCCUGGAACCCAAUUUGUCUGGGAUUGGUAGAAGGAGUUAUUGGGAAAAUUCAGCUUCAUUCAGAUCUUCCAUGGUGGCUUAUUUUAAUUCGGCAGAAAGCACUGGUGGGCAAACUCCCAGGAGACCAUGAGGUCUGUAAAGUCACCAAAAUUGCUGUAUUGUCACUUUCUGAAAUGGAACCGCAGGAGCUUGAACUGGAGCUCUGUAAGAAGCAUCAUUUUGGAAUUAACAAGCCGGAGAAGAUUAUACCAUCUCCUGAUGACUCCAAGUUUCUACUGAAGACAUUGACGCACAUCAAAUCCAACGUGUCUGCUCCUAACAAAAAAAAAGUUAAGGAAAGUAAAGAGAAGGAGAAAUUGGAGAGGCGGUUACUUGAGGAGUUGCUGAAGAUGUUCAUGGACUCAGAGUCUUUCUAUUAUAGCUUGACCUAUGACCUGACCAACUCCGUGCAGAGGCAGAGCACUGGGGAGAGCGAUGGCCGUCCCCUCUGGAAGAAGGUUGAUGACCGAUUCUUUUGGAAUAAGUACAUGAUCCAAGAUCUCACUGAGAUUGGUACUCCGGAUGUGGACUUUUGGAUCAUCCCCAUUAUCCAGGGUUUUGUGCAGAUUGAAGAACUUGUGGUUAAUUACAGCGAGUCAUCCGAUGACGAGAAGAGCAGCCCAGAGACUCCCCUUCAGGAGCCCACCUGUGUGGAUGACGUCCACCCACGGUUUCUGGUGGCGCUCAUAUCUCGGAGGAGUCGGCACAGAGCCGGAAUGCGCUAUAAACGAAGAGGAGUGGAUAAAAACGGAAAUGUUGCAAAUUAUGUGGAGACUGAGCAGUUAAUUCAUGUUCAUAACCAUACUCUGUCAUUCAUUCAAACUCGAGGCUCUGUGCCGGUCUUUUGGAGCCAGGUUGGGUAUCGCUAUAAUCCAAGACCUCGACUGGACAAAAGUGAGAAGGAAACGGUUGACUGUUUCUGUGCCCAUUUUGAAGAGCAGCUGAAAAUUUACAAAAAACAGGUUAUUAUUAACCUGGUCGACCAGGCUGGACGGGAGAAGAUUAUUGGCGAUGCUUACCUGAAGCAGGUGUUGCUCUUCAACAACUCGCAGCUCACCUACGUCUCCUUUGACUUCCACGAGCACUGCCGAGGAAUGAAGUUUGAGAAUGUUCAAAUCCUGACAAAUGCCAUUUACGACAUUAUUCUUGACAUGAAGUGGUGUUGGGUCGAUCAAGCUGGGGUAAUAUGUAAGCAAGAAGGAAUUUUCCGAGUUAAUUGCAUGGACUGCCUAGAUCGCACCAACGUGGUCCAAGCUGCCAUUGCACGAGUAGUCAUGGAGCAUCAGCUUAAAAAACUCGGUGUGAUGCCCCCAGAACAGCCACUACCUGUGAAAUGCAAUCGGAUCUACCAGAUAAUGUGGGCUAACAAUGGUGACUCUAUCAGCAGACAGUAUGCCGGGACAGCUGCUCUGAAGGGUGACUUUACAAGAACAGGAGAAAGGAAGUUGGCUGGAGUUAUGAAAGAUGGAGUUAACUCUGCAAAUAGGUACUACCUCAGUCGGUUCAAGGAUGCUUACAGGCAAGCUGUCAUAGAUUUGAUGCAAGGCAUCCCAGUGACAGAAGAUCUUUAUUCCAUAUUUACCAAGGAGAAAGAGCAUGAAGCUUUGCAUAAAGAAAACCAGAGAAGCCACCAGGAACUCAUCAGCCAGCUCUUACAGAGUUACAUGAAGUUGCUGCUGCCGGGUGAUGAGAAGUUCCAUGGGGGCUGGGCCCUAAUUGACUGUGACCCUAGCCUCACGGAUGCUGCUCACAGAGAUGUGGACGUGCUGCUGCUGCUCUCUAACUCCGCCUACUACGUGGCCUAUUAUGAUGAUGAAGUUGAUAAAGUAAACCAGUAUCAACGGCUGAGCCUAGAAGACCUGGAAAAAAUUGAAAUAGGUCCCGAACCUACUCUUUUCGGCAAACCGAAGUUUUCCUGCAUGCGACUGCACUACAGGUGUAAAGGGUCGAGUGGUUACUUCCACACACUGAGAGCUGUGGUACGCAGUCCGGAAGAGGAUGGGAAAGAUACUCUUCAGUGCAUCGCAGAGAUGCUGCAGAUCACCAAGCAAGCCAUGGGGCUGGAUGUUCCCAUAGUUGAGAAGAAGCUUGAGAGGAAAAGCAGUAAGCCUCAUGAAGACAUCAUUGGUAUCAGAUCUCAAAAUCAAGGCUCUCUGGCCCAGGGGAAAAGCUUUUUAAUGAGCAAAUUUUCAUCUCUAAAUCAAAAAGUGAAACAGACUAAAUCCAACGUGAACAUCGGCAACCUACGGAAAUUAGGAAACUUUACAAAGCCUGAAGUGAAAGUGAACUUUCUAAAGCCAAACCUAAAAGUCAAUCUUUGGAAGUCAGACAGCAGUCUUGAGACCAUGGAAAACUCGGGAGCGAUGGAUAAUAAUCAGGCCCAAGGGGAGUCUGAUGGGGACAUGUCUUCAGAUAAUGAUUCUUACCACUCCGAUGAAUUUCUUACCAACUCUAAGUCUGAGGAAGACAGGCAGCUAGCUGAUUCUUUAGAGAGUGUAGGGCCAAUCGAUUAUGUUCUCCCAAGCUGUGGUAUUAUUGCUUCAGCUCCUCGACUAGGCAGCCGAUCCCAGUCUGCCAGCAGCACUGACGUCAGCAUUCCUGUCCCCUCAGAAGCUACUGUUGGUCAUGGAAAAGGCCAGGAGUCUCCCUUGAAGAAAACCCCUUCUGCUGACAACAUACGUGUACUGACUGGCUUUGCCAAGCCUGUGGAGGUCUACUGCCACAGAUUUGUACAGGAUGCACAGGACAAAAAGACUGAGCUGUCGGAGACCAGGUGUGUGUCUCACAAUGGUGAGGAAGGACAUCAAAAGACUAACCCUCUUUCUAAUGAAGAAAAUCAGUUGGAACCUGUCGGACUGAUGCCUUCUCGACCAUCCCAGUUAAAUGUCUCUUGUUCUUUGGCAGGCCCACAGUUUUUGUCAGUUGAACCAGCACAUCCAGGGGUCUCUCAACAGAGCCCCAGUUCCGGGUCCAGCCUGCAGGAACUGGAGGCAGGGCUUUGUGUCACCCCUUCUCCAGAGAGUGGCUGCAGAGCAGUCUCUCCCUUUGCAAAGAUCCGCAGCUCCAUGGUCCAGGUUGCUAGUAUUACCCAAGCUGGGCUAACGCAUGGGAUAAAUUUGGCAGUGGCCAAAGUUCAAAAGAGUCCAGCAGAACCUGAAGUGGUCAAUGAAAUUCAGCAAAAUGAACUUAAAAAAUGCCAGACACGAAUAAUUCAAAUUUAGAUUUUAGUCACAACCUUAUGGUUUUUAUUUAAAAACUCAAAAUGAAGUUUUCACCUUCUGGACUUUUUUUUUUUUUUUUUUAAGAAACAGUUUCUCCUCCAAAACCACAGAGAAACCCUGUCUCGAAAAACAAACAAACAAAAAAAGAAACAGUUUCUCUGUGUAUCCCUGACUGUCCUGGAACUUGCUCUGUAGACCUGGCUGGCCUUGAAUUCAGUCCAUCUGUCUUCUGAGUACUGGAAUUAAAGGCUUGCCCCACUACCACCCAGCCCUUUCAGGCUAUUUUAACCAGUACUGCGUUUAUGGAUUACAAAUUCUAAUUACAUUGUUGACUGGCACUUGUUUUACAAGGAGUCUGAACCUGAGCAAAUUCCCAGAUGUACAGACUACAGGUGACCAUCUUAGACUGUAGGCCAGCCUAGCACAUACACAGCAGAGUGGUUUGUUGAUCUCACUUGGGAAGGUUCAGGAAAAGAACCAAACUGGUGUUUGGAGGGGAAGGGGAGCUAGUCUCGGAAGCAGAUGCAGUGUGGAUACACCAUGUAAAGUUAGCAUUCUUCCGCUCCGUCAGUUCAUUCCUGUACACUGCCCUAUAUGGGGAAUUAUACAUUUAAAUUUUAGUGACUUUUACUAGUGUGCAGAAGUAUCUAAAUUUUUUUUUUAAAAAGUAGUUUUACCAGCUUAACCAUUCUCUAUAUAGUUGAGAAUCAAUAAUGGUAAACAAUGUAUUUUCUUUUAUUCCAAUUUCUCCCGUAUGCUUUUUUUUCUCCCCCAAAUUCCUGAACACACAUGGGCUUGCCUGUCAUAAAGCCCACCUGCUUCAGGAACAGAAGAUCAUGUAUACUGACUGACUCUAGGAAUCUCUAGAAAAUCAAGUUUUAACUCUUUCAAGAGGGACAUUUAGCAUCUUUUUUAGGUUCAAGAACCUAAAGUACAGGUUAAUACUGGUUUUCUAAGUGACUGGCCACCAAGAUCACUGGCCUCUGCAUCCCAGAGUGCUGUAUGGCACAUUCCAGCAAGCACUGAUGUCUGGCAUCCUUAGAGCCUUACCCUUGUGAAGUGACUCAGUUGAACAUUCUGUCUGCUGUGACCUGAUAAGCAUUCCGUUUUUGUUAUUUAUUGAAGUGUCGAGUCCUGUGGCUGUUAAAGUACCACUGUAGCGCGAAGCAUCAAUGUGUAUGAGAAUUCCUUGUACAGCAUUUAACAGUACUUUGGUUUUCAAAGAAUUCAUAAGUGGCAAGUGUGCUACAACCAAACACUUGUUUUGAACUUUUUCGAUUAAAGUGUUCUUAUUUUAAAAAUGGAAACUGUAUUUUAAGUCCCAAACAUUAAGAACUAGAUGCUGCAGGCUGCCUUUCCCAUCCUUUCCCUCAGGCU